AUGGCACGUUUCUCUGUUGGACUUGCAACGAUCUGUAUUAUUUCUGCCUCAUUUUGUGGAGCUAUUCCUGCAAGGAAAACAAUUGUGAAAACCGCACUGGAUAAAGAUUCCUUCAAAAUUCCAAACUGGCUUAGAACUGCAAUAGAAUCUGUGAAAGAAAAAGUCAGAAAUAAAAAUGUUCCAGAAGAUUCAAACAAUGGUCUUAACUACGGCAAUAAGCACGAUAAGACAUUCACAGUUUCUGAAGACACUCUACCAGUUCUUAUUCACAGUGAGAACGAGAAAUCUGGCAUCAAGAUUAUUCCUUCAUCUCUUUCGGAUACGGACAAAGUUAACCCUUUUGUGAGGUCAAAACGAAGCACCUGUGUAACGCCUGCAAACCUGCCUCAGAUGGUGAGAGAUUUGAAUACACGUCUAACCGCCUCGCAGCUGGUUGGACUCAACCCAGGAGAAUCCACACCACAAGCUGCCCCAACCUCUCAGUACAACACAUGUCCGAGGAACGUAACCGGUGACUGGUGGCCGAGACCUGAAGUUAACUUGAGGUCAACCUGUCCAUGGAAACUUCAGCAAGUUGAUCUUGGCGUCAACGCUUUUCCAAG